CUGGGUUUUCACUUGUCAUUCAUCCUCUACCUCUGGCGACCAGGAAGUGAAGAAGUUGAGUAAACCAAGUUGAUUAGCUCUGAAGCUGAGUAGCAAUGGAAGAUUCAGAGAAAAGAAAAGAAAUGCUAAAAGCAAUGCGGAUGGAAGCUGCUGCUGCUGCUGCACAGAAUGAUGGUUCUACAGAGCCUGAAACCUCUAUGAACACAAGUCACCUCUCAAAUCCCUUGGCUGAUGCAUCCACUCACCAGCAGGAAUCGUAUGAUAAGCCAAGGUUUGAUUAUUACACCGACCCGAUGGCAGCUUAUUCUAGUUUCAAGAGAAACAAGAGUCCUAAGCAACAAUACAUCUCAUCUCCUAGUCAUCAAGUUACCCCUCCAGCACCGCAGUUUCCACCAUCUGUUCCAGGAUCGGUGGGGAAUGACUAUCAGGCACAUCCCAAUCAUGGCGGUUUUCAAGAAGCUCAUUACGGUGGUGAUAAUAUGCAUACCGAACCAAGAGGGAUGGCACCCUCGUACAGAGGUCCACCCGUCCCUUGGAAUAACAACAACUUUAGGCCUCCACCACCUGUUAACCAUUUAGGUCCACCUCAAUGGGUACCUCGCCCUUAUCCAUUCCCUCAGGGAAACCAUGAUAUGGGGAAUAACAGAUAUGGUGGUCGAGGUCCUCGAGGAGGCAACUAUAACAAUAACCCUCCACAAUUUCCCCAUUACGGACGGCAAAAUUCUAACUGGGCUGGAAACACAUAUCCUAACUCAGGAAGAGGCAGAGGCAGAGGAGGACGCGGUAUGAACACAAGCUAUGGGCGAGGUGGAGGAAGAAGACCCAUGGAACAAGGUGCAGAACGAUUUUACUCCAACUCCAUGGCUGAGGAUCCAUGGAAGUAUCUUCAGCCAGUCUUGUGGAAGAGCUGCUCAGAUGCUUCAAGCAGCAACUCAACAGGUCAAGCCUGGCGUCCCAAUUCUAUAGCACCGAAGAAACCUAUGAUAUCAGAAGCUUCCCACAAACCUAGCACUAAUCAGCAGAGCCUUGCUGAGUACCUUGCUGCUUCUCUAGAUGAGGCCACGUGCGAUGAAUCAAGCAAUUGAAUCAAGAGAAUUUGAGCAAAUGGGUAAACACCAAAUCCGAGCAUAUAGAGUACCGUCAUCACUGAUGAGUCUUUGGAACAGGUAUUGUUACAUGGCUUGUAACGAGACACAACAGAGAACGAUGGUCAUCUUUAGGAACAGAGUAGAAUGGUUGGUAAACGUGGUGUUUAAUCAGGGUUUCGAUUGAGUUUAAGUUUGAGAUCAGUUUGUAGUCGCUUUGGGUUUAGUUUCUUAACAAAGGUAUGUUUGAAGUAAAUUUGAAUGGAUGGUUUGUUUUUCUUGUUUGGCUUGGUUUAGAUUUGUUUAGGUAUUUCUGAUAUACAAAACAUGAAAUCUACCUCAACCAUAUUAAGAUUUGA